AAGUUUAGUUAUUGAUUAUAGCCGAGUCGAAGCGGUUGUACUUGUAUUUGCAAUUUCCACAAGAGAUUUGAAUCUUUAGCCACAAAAUGACCAAAACUCGAGUCUAUGUUGUUGGUGUUGGCAUGACCAAGUUUGAGAAACCUGGUCGCCGUGCCGAUGUUUGCUAUCCGGACUUUGCCAAGGAGGCCGUUACAAAGGCUCUACAGGAUGCCAAGCUGCAAUAUUCCGAUGUGCAACAGGCUGUCUGCGGAUAUGUCUAUGGUGACUCCACAAGUGGCCAGCGAGCAAUCUACGAAGUGGGCAUGACUGGCAUCCCAGUCUACAAUGUGAACAACAACUGCUCCACUGGAUCGAGUGCCUUGUACCUGGGCAAGCAGAUCAUCGAAUCGGGCAGCGCGGACUGUGUCCUUGCCUUGGGCUUCGAGAAAAUGGAACGUGGCUCGUUGGCCGCGAAAUACUUUGACCGGGCUAACCCUAUGGAGCGACAUAUCACUGAAAUGGGCGAACUGACUGAAAUUGGGGCUGGGCCAAUGGCAGCUCAGAUCUUUGGCAAUGCUGGCAAGGAGCACAUGAAGAAGUAUGGCACAAAACCGGAACACUUUGGCAAGAUUGCUUGGAAGAACCACAAGCACUCGGUCAACAAUCCCUACUCACAAUUUCGUGAUGAAUACACGCUGGAGCAGAUUAUGAAGUCGCCGCAGGUGGUCGAGGGAGUGCUAACGAAGCUGCAAUGCUGCCCCACAUCGGAUGGCUCUGGUGCUGCCAUUCUGGCCUCUGAACAGUUUGUGCGUCGUCAUGGACUGGAGAAGCAGGCUGUGGAAAUUGUCGGCAUGGAAAUGGCCAGUGAUCCAGAAUCCACCUUCGCUGAUAAGAGCCUGAUAAAGAUUGCAGGCUAUGAUAUGACCCGUCUGGCUGCGCAGCGUCUGUUCGCUAAGAGCGGAUACAAACCACAGGAUGUGCAGGUCGUGGAGCUGCACGACUGCUUCUCGGCCAACGAACUAGUCACCUACGAAGCUUUGGGUCUCUGUGGCGAGGGCAAGGCUGGCGAGUUCAUCGAUCGUGGAGAUAAUACUUAUGGCGGUAAAUUUGUAAUCAAUCCCAGCGGAGGCCUCAUCUCCAAGGGUCAUCCACUUGGUGCCACUGGCUUGGCUCAGUGUGCUGAGCUGUGCUGGCAGCUGCGUGGCCUGGCCGAGAAGCGGCAAGUGAAUGGUGUCAAGUUGGCUCUGCAGCACAAUUUGGGAUUGGGUGGUGCCGUCGUGGUUGGACUCUAUCGGUUGGGUUUUCCGGCAUCCAGCGGAAUCAAACACAAUUUAACUGCGGCCGUACAAAUGGCUACUAGUGAGGAGGGCUUCAAGGUGUCGGCGCUGCUGAGGCUGCUCGAGCAGGCCAUGCAGGAGGACAAGGAUAAUCUGAUUGAAAAGGUGCGCGCCGUGUACGGCUUCAAGGUGAGCAAUGGUCCCCAGGGAAAGACUGGCUUCUGGGUGAUCGAUGCCAAGCAGGGCAGGGGCAAGAUUACCUUCAAUGGCACACAAAAAUGUGAUGUUACCUUUAUAAUCAGCGACGAUGAUGUGUUUGAGCUGCUGACGGGCAAGCUGCCGCCGCAGAAGGCCUUCUUCCAGGGCAAGAUUAAGAUCCAGGGCAACAUGGGCUUCGCCAUGAAACUGAUGGAUCUUCAGCGCUCAGCGCAGGGUCGCAUAGAGGAGCUGCGCUCCAAACUCUAAAUCCCUUAAGCAUUCCCUUGGCAUUUUGCAAUUAUUUCCGGUUUGGGCUGUUUUUAAAACCGUUGUCUAAAUGGACUUAUAUAUAUAUAAAUAUAUGUAUGAUAUUGUAUUACUUGUAGCUAUUAAAAUAUUUGUUUCUUUUUAUAUUCGUAGACAUAAAGUUGAAAACUCACAAUAAACGAUUAUAAAUGUGUAA